GCCAACAAGCCUUUAAGAAGGCACCUCACUGCUUUGGAGAAGAAGAGAGAAUCCUGUUGAGACAGAAGCAGAGCACUGACGGAGGACGCCCGACAGUUCCAGGCAUGCACACCAAGGUACUUACCAGCCUGCUGCUGACCACCUUCAUAGCCACAAGCCUCUUAAGAUCUGUGUCCACAUCCUAUCAGGGGGGUGGCAGGCUCAGCAGGCAAGCCAAGGCUGGACCACAACAGGAGAAGAUGCAGAGGAGCAGCAGUGGCGGUCCCAUCCGCAGGGAGUGGCCAGGACAUCUGUCUGAGGACCAGAAGGAUUUGGUUGCCCAGUUCCUGCCUUACCUCCGUACAGAAUUUGCUGGCAGAGUGCAGGACCCAGAGGCUCAUUACCCCAGCUGGAUGGACUUUGGACGGCGAAGCUCUGAGGACUUGGAAGGAGAAGCCUAAGUGACCCGUUUCCCAGGCCAAUCCAAGCGGGGAAGGAAGAGGCAGCAAUGCAGAUUCUAAAGUUUUGAGCGUUUUGUAAAUGUCCAGACCUGUUCCUCUCGCGUGUC